UUGAUGACGGAGAUGACGGUCUGUUAGAUAUAGAGCAUAACACAGAACUCGCGCCCCAGGAAGGGAUAGCGAGCCAUCACAAUGCUGUGGAUCCUUUUGUUCACCGCGCAGCGUUCCACAUAUCCAGCGAGGAUCUUGAAGUGGUCGCUUCUGGAUCUCCAGAAGCCGCGUCACACCCUUCACCAACAACAUACAGCAGUCUGAUCAACUGGCAAGUACCGGUGGAGAGCGCAGAGAUCAUACUGGAGUCUCUUAGCGGGUCGCGUGGGUUCGCUGCCAUUCCUGCUUUCGAUAACCCCUGGAUGGCGCUGCUGUAUGCGGAACAUGAGCAGCACCCCCCUAGGGAUGUGAUAUCAAUGAAAGGGUCAUUGGGUGAAGUUGUAGGAAGGAAUGUCAGUCCUACCGAGAUUCCUACGCCUCACACGCUCACGAAAGACGCCGAAGCCGACUCCGUCGAAGAACGAGAGAUUAUGGUCAAGCGUAACCGUAACAUUUCAAUGUCAGGUUACGAAGGCGAUACUGAAGGAAUAUCUAAACCCGCCUGGCGCCAGCCUUCUCGCGGGGAGGCAACAACGCCUGGACGCCAGGUCUGAACAGAGGCUGAGUGGCCUGUGCUCGCUCGUCGCUCCACACUGCCCACUGCAACAGCCAUCGAGUCGGCACCCACCAAGCAGCGUCAGUCGCCGCGACCUUCAGAGCCAAUCAAUGUCUCCCACGUUUCCCAAGGUGUGACGUCAUGGCCGAAAUCGUCUGAUCCAGAUAUGGCGACCGCAGAUUUGAGAGACGGGCACAACC